AUGAAGGAAGAUGCACCCAUCACCGAAACCAAGCAAAUCCCACAAACGCAAUCAUCACAACAGGUCCUACGCUCGCCUUCACCCUCUAGCGACGAAGAUGUCAACAACCACGCAGCUUCAGCCAGGCACCCCCAGCCCAAAGACGACACAGACGCACAAAGCAUAGGCGGCCAACGCAACACAAUGUCCCGCAAACGCAUGCUCCUCGCCUUCUCCGCCCUCUCCGUCUGCCUCUUCGUCUCCUUCAUCGACCAGACCAGCGUCUCUACCGCCGUGCCCGCCAUCGCGGAGGAUCUCGACACAGGGACGGCCACCUCGUGGAUCGGGACGUCCUUUCUGAUCGCGUCGACGGCGUUCCAGCUCAUCAAUGGGCGGUUGUCUGAUAUCUUUGGCCGAAAGAAUUUGUUGAUGAUUUGUUUGGUGUUGAUGGCUGUUGGGGAUGUGCUUUGUGGGUUUUCGAGGACGAAGGAGCAGCUUUUUGCGUUUCGGGCUGUUGCUGGGAUUGGAGGGGGUGGGAUUAAUAGUAUUGUUAUGAUUAUUGUGAGUGAUAUCACGACGUUGGAGAAUCGGGGGAAAUAUCAGGGCAAGUUCAAAGUCUUGAUCUCUUUCACUAAUUUUGACUUGGAAUUAAUACUCAACUCAGGUGUUCUAGGCGCCGUCCUCGCCCUCGCAAACGGUGUCGGCCCUUUUGUAGGCGGCGCAGUUGUUCAAGAAUCGACAUGGCGAUGGGUCUUCUGGAUGGUCCCCAUCAUCAGUGCCCCGGCCGCCGUCACGGUCCUCUUCUGCCUCCCGUUGAAGCACCGACCCGGAAACUACAGAGAAAAGGUCAAGAAAAUUGACUACGGCGGCAUCGCGCUCAACAUGGCCUCGACGCUGCUUCUGCUCAUCCCACUAUCUGGAGGCGGCGUGACGUACCCUUGGUCCUCACCAUUCGUCAUCGCUGGAGUCGUUGUGGGCGCUGUGUUGGCCGUCCUCUUUGUGCUCUACGAGUGGAAGCUGGCGAAGCUCCCCAUCAUGCCUUUGCGAUUGUACCAGGCGCCGCACUGCAGUGCGUUAUUUGGGCAGACGUUCCUCAUGGGCCAGGCGUACUUUGGUAACUUGUUUUACCUACCUAUAUACUUCCAGUCUAUUCUCAACUAUGAACCUCUCGUUUCCGGGGCGCUGAUCCUCCCCGUCAUCAUCACGACUUCGGGGCUGUCUAUACUGUCUGGGCAGUACAUGCUGCGAGUGGGACGCUACAUGCCCUGCAUCCUCGCAGGAUUCUUCCUCUGGACGCUGGGGAAUGGUCUCACGAUCCUCUUUGACCGCGAUACAGGCCUAGGAAAGAUGAUCCCGAUCCUCGUGGUCAUGGGCGCGGGGAUAGGCUUGACGUUGCAGCCUACGCUGGUGGGCAUGUAUGCCAACUCCCGCGCUGAAGACCGGGCCGUCACGACAGGGUUGCGAAACUUCAUCCGGACUAUUGGAGGCGCGUUCGGGCUCGUGAUUUCGGGAGUUAUACUCUCCAACACGCUGAGACGGGAUCUUCACGGGAAAGACUUUGUUUCCGAUGCGGUGAUUGCGGAACUGACUUCGUCGACAUAUACCUUGGACCAAAAGGGGUUCUCGGAUGCGGAGAGGACGGUGAUUUUGCAGGCGUAUAUGAAGGGUUUGCAUUACAUUUUUGUGUAUUAUGUCAUCUGCUCUGGGCUGAGCCUGGUGUUGACCCUUGGGGUUGGAAAUACGGGAUUGAAGGCGAAGAAGCCGGCGCCGUCUGAGGAGGCUUCGGAAGGUCCGAAUGGGGUGUCGGGAGAGGCUCCGAUGAGUGAUCAAGAGAAGGCGAGUGGGAAUUAG